UGAUGAUUACACUUAGUCCUGAUUUUCGAUUCACUUGAUUUCGUUUUUGGGAAAUUCCAUUCGGUAAAUUAUGAAGGUUUUUCUUUGUUUUGUCGCUGUGCUCGUGGUUGGUGCUUCGGCACUUCCACAAUCUACUGUUGCUUCAGAUGUGGACAUGUCCAAAAAUUGUAAGCGAAAAUGUUUUGACGAAAGUUCAGCAAUUUCAAUAUAUUGCUAAGAAUUUUGAGUCAUGGUCUACUCGUAAGCAAAUUGAGAACAUCAACGAUUUUGUUGAUAUGAUCAUUGCGGAGGUACGCAGCUUUUUGGUAAAAUAUGGUUUUGACCCAAUGAACAUUCCCGAUAUUGAUGAAGAAAUUGAGAUAACUGGAGUACCAAUUCAUUUGAAAUUGAAUGAUGGAGUCAUCUUUAAUGCUUCUUCAAUUUACCGUGAUGGUGAUAUUAAUCUGUACUAUGAAAACCGCUUGCUGGUUGUUGAAGUGCCGAUCUUUUUCAAAGUCUUCAAGAUGGACUAUGAAUACGAUAUUGCGGUGAGCUCGGACGGUUCCCUCUUGGAAGGUAAACUUAAUGGUGAAGUUGUUCUCGUCGAUGUGAAUUUUGCGGUUCAGGUGGAUUUCAAGGCACUACAAAUCAGUCUUAAGUCUUAUUCCAUUUCUAACAUUGGUGCAAUCAACAUCGACUUCUGGAAGGUAGCAUGCUCAACUGGGUUCUGCAAGGAGUUACUGAUUAUGUGACCACUCAACUAAAGGACGAAGUUAUUGCAGUGGUUGAGGCCGUUUGUUCUUUUACUAUGACCAGCAUUUUUGACAUUAUCAAUAAGGUGUUGGAGGGAUUAACGCCGUAAAAAACAAUGCAAGAAGUUAAAUUUCAUCGAGUUUUGACAUUUUUGUUUUCUUGGUAAAAAGAAAUAAAUUUAAAUACACAAA